AUGGUAGCACUGCUCGUGGAGGCUGAACAAUCACGAGGGCACGAUGGGAUUGAUGGGUUUCGUCCGGUCAGGCCAAAUCCUCUCGUUGGUGCAUCAACAUCAUCACUGCACCGGCUGAAGGACGUCGACAACAAAGAUGGAGGCUUCUUCGUCUUCGGCGAUAUAUCGUGUCGUCGUGAGGGGAGGUUUCGACUGCAAUUUGCCUUGUUCGAGCUCAGACCUGACGGCUCGGAGUUCCUGAACUACGCCAUGUCAAACCCCUUCAAAGUGGUGCCCUUCAAAGAGUUCAGAGGAAUGAAGGAGUCGACGCACCUGUCGCGAACCUUUUCGGAUCAAGGUGUUCGACUUCGGUUGCGGAAAGAGCCUCGUGCGAUAGGGGCGAAACGAUCAUGGACUGGCACGGAAAUGGGACCAACGACUUCACCUCCGUCGCGUGACCCGAUGGGGAUGCACCAUGAGCGUAACGACUACGGAUACGAGAUGGGAAGCAUGAAGCGACAGCGAACGGACAGUGACUUUACGCCGCAUUCGUACUCACAACAACCCUAUGCUGGCGGCCCGGUCAAUCCGACUCCAUCGUACUUUGAGACUGGCGGAAUAAACAUGGAUAACAAUGGAUGGCCAAUCCACAACAACUAUCAGGCAUCCUUGACACACAACCAACACAUGGCCCAGCCUUCGCCUGCGCAGCCUGUUGCUCAGCGAAGCUAUGCGCACAUGAGUUACCCUCCUACGUUGGAUACAACUACCGGACAGGACUACUCAGUGAACACCACUUCGGCUCUCAACUUGUCGACUACGCUGGGCGACGUGUACGCGGGACAGAGGAACCAAACGUACAGCUCCAGACCUUCAGGAGGGUCGUUCGACCAGGCACACGGACUUAGAACACCCACUUCAGCCUCGGACAGCAGUAAUGGAUACGCGAACCAGCGCAGUGCCGUCCAGUCUAACCCUCAGGAUGUCCGAAUAAGCAUCGAACAGAUGACACCGAUGGCACAGAACCUGGCCCAAUCGCAAGGCAUAUCAAGCGUCACGCCCAGCUACGGCAUGCCACCAAACCCCCUGAACUCCUCUGCGCAAUCCUACACCACAGCGGCCGACACCAUCGACUCAGCGUACGGCCAGACGAUGCCACAGUCCGGUCUAAAGUACGAGCUCGACGACUACGGGAGCACGACCAACCCUUACUUCGAUACAGUCCCAACUCGAGAUACAUACGCCUCCGCCGGCGGCUCGCUGUCAGACACCAACUUGCCGCUUGGCGGAAGCAUGCUGAACCGCAGCUACGCGCCUGCGCACGCGCAACAGCAGCCGCAACAGCAACAGCAGCAGCAACAAUCGAGCGAAGGCAGCAUGCCCAGUCAGGAUCUUGCGGGGUAUAAGGCGUCCGUGCAAGCAUAUCCUACCCCUAAUCAGACAAGUCCGCUGGGUUAG